AUGCCAUUCGCAGAUGCAUGCUUGGUCAAGCCAAAUUAUGAUGUUUGCUCAGAGGCCCCGUGUGAACAGCAGUGUACAGAUAACUUUGGUCGGGUUCUGUGCACAUGUUACCCUGGGUACCAGUACGACCGGGAGAGACACAAGAACAGAGAGAAGCCAUAUUGCUUAGAUAUCGAUGAGUGUACACUGAAGAAUCAGACGACCUGUUCUCAGAUCUGCAUCAACAGUGUGGGAAGUUACAAGUGCGAGUGUCAUGAAGGUUAUUUCUUGGAAGAGGAUGGUAAAACCUGCACCAGGGGAAAUCAAGGAGAAUUUGAACAAUCCAACAACGUGCUAAAACCAGGAAUUUGCUCGGAUACUUGUAAGGAAUUUAACCAAAUAAAACAGACCGUCUUACAGCUGAAACAGAAGCUGGCAUUAUUGCCGAAUAGCAUUUCUGAAUCCAGCAAACAUAUCACAGCUGAUAAAGUGUUGGCUUCCACCAUGUAUGUUCAGGGACCCCCUGGGUUACCGGGAGCGCAAGGACCUCCAGGUUUACCUGGUCCAAAAGGAAGUGCCGGGCAGCAGGGUCUACCUGGACCACCAGGUCCUCCAGGUCCUCGAGGGUUCAUGGGACCAAUGGGUCCUUCACCAGAAAUAUCUCAUAUUAAACAAGGGAGGAGAGGACCCGUGGGUCCUCCGGGAGCACCAGGGAAGGAUGGAUUGAAGGGUGACCGAGGAGCUCCAGGACCAAGAGGACUUCCGGGCCCCCCAGGUUCCUUCGAUUUCUUGUUACUAAUGAUGGCCGACAUCCGGAACGACAUUGCAGAGCUACAGGACAAAGUGUUUGGACGCCGAUCACAUUCCUCCGCUGAAGAUUUUCCUUUACCUCAAGAGUUUUCCAACCAUCAUGACUCAGUGGACUUUGGUUCUGGAGAGGACUAUAAACAGAGAACUGUGUCAAAGAACCUAAAAACAGACAAAACAAAUCAUCAUUAACCAACGA